AUGUACACGGAAAUCGCACCAAGUCUUUGUACUUUGUUCAAUCACUCUCUACGCAUUGGGCGUUUCCCUGCAGAAUGGAAAAAUGCCGACGUAACACCAGUCCAUAAGAAGGAUAAUAAAGAACCUGCUGAAAAUUACAGACCUAUCUCUUUAUUGCCGAUAGUAAGCAAGGUGAUGGAACGGUGCGUCUGUAACAGGUUCUAUUCCCAUGUCUCACAUCUAAUUACUUCUCUUCAGCACGGUUUUAUGCGUAAUCGAUCAUGUGUAACACAGCUUCUGUCUGUUCUCCACUCUAUUGGAAAAUCACUUGACCAAAACACUCAAACAGACAUUUUAUACGUGGAUUUUGCUAAGGCUUUUGACUGUGUAGACCAUGUUAUUCUCAUAGAAAAGCUUAAAUGGUAUGGCGUAACGGGGAAUCUUCUUAACUGGUUUACUGACUAUCUUAGCGAUAGAUCGCAGAGAGUUGUGAUAGAGGGUGUAGCUUCUCGGUACCUACCCGUUACUUCUGGUGUUCCCCAGGGAAGCAUUGUAGGACCUCUGCUGUUUGUUAUUUUUAUCAAUGACCUACCUGAUAUUAUCCAGGAACAGACAAGAACCGGCCUCUUCGCAGAUGACACCAAAUUGUACCGAUCAGUAAAAUCCCCUAGCGACUGUGAAAGUUUGCAGCAUGAUAUUUCGAACUUGAACAAUUGGAGUCAUAACUCUAACAUGAAAUUUAACGCCUCCAAGUGUAAGGUAUUAACAAUAACUCGAAAAAAAUCACCUGUAAUUACUGACUAUCGUCUGGGUAAUGUAAUUUUACACCGCGCUCACCAAGAAAAAGAUCUGGGAAUUAUUGUCAAAAGCAACUUAUCCUGGGAUUCUCACAUUUUCUCAAUCGUCAGUAAAGCCAACAAGAUGCUUGGUAUCUUAAAGAGAACUUGUCCCCUGAUUAGAGAUACUAAAGUUAGGCGAACACUAUACCUGACUUUGGUAAAAUCAAAGUUGUGCUACGCAACGGAGGUGUGGUCCCCAGCUAAUGUGAAGCUACAAGUUGCAUUAGAAAGAGUUCAAAGGCGCGCUACACGUUGGAUCCUCAAAAGUAAAGUUGGAGAAAUGUCUUAUGAAGAUAGACUGAAAACUCUCAAUUUAUUGCCACUAACUUACGAUCGGGAAAUCAGAGAUCUUAUUCUGGUCUAUAAAUGUAUUUUCGGCCACACUGAUUUGAACAUUGAACAUUUUGUGUCAUUUAUACAUCAUAAUCGAACUCGUACUCAGAAUCCAUCUCUAUUGUUAAAAUCUCCUUACUGUAGAACAUCCACUUUCCAAGGAUCGUUCUUUAACCGAAUAGUUAAAACUUGGAAUAAUGUUGGAAAAAUAGCCUCUCCUGAAAAGUUCGCAGUUUAA